AUGGACAAGGUCAAGGAGAUGCUUCACCUUGGCUCCAACAGCGGCCGGUCGACAAACCCAUCAGAACCCACUCCGGACGCCCUUGCCGACCUCAAGGCCAAGUAUGCCGAGGCUGGCCAGGAUCAUGUCCUCACGUUUUAUGAGUCUCUCGACUCCCGAGACAAGGCUUCUCUGUACGAGCAAUUAUCUGGCUUCAACCCUUCCUACAUCAACCAAGUCACCAAGCGAGCCCUCGCCGAGACCAAGUCUGACGAACCCGACAUCCUCGAGCCACUCCCUGAAUCGUCGCAGGCCAGUAUGCUCGACUCGAGCGCCGAGGACGUCAAGAAAUGGUACGAUUCCGGCCUGGACCUGAUUGCCAAGAACAAAGUGGCCGUUGUCCUCAUGGCUGGCGGCCAGGGGACUCGCCUCGGCAGCUCCGCGCCCAAGGGCUGCUACGACAUUGGCCUGCCCUCCCACAAGAGCCUGUUCCAGAUCCAGGCAGAACGCAUCCGGAAAAUCCAAGAGCUUGCCGCCGGCAAGAUUGGCGGCCGCUCCGUCGUUGUGCCCUGGUAUGUCAUGACCAGCGGCCCCACCCGCGAGCCAACCGAGCGCUUCUUCAAGGAGAACAACUUUUUCGGCUUGAACGCGGCCGACGUCAACAUCUUCGAGCAGGGCGUGCUGCCCUGCAUCUCCAAUGACGGCAAGAUCCUUCUCGAGAGCAGGGGCAAGGUCGCGGUGGCUCCCGACGGCAACGGCGGCAUUUACCAAGCCUUGGUCGUGUCAGGGGUGCUCGACGACAUGCGUCAGCGGGGCAUUGAGCACAUCCACGCGUACUGCGUCGACAACUGUCUGGUCAAGGUUGCCGACCCAGUGUUCCUCGGCUUCUCCUCAUCCCUGGAUGUGGACAUUGCUACCAAGGUUGUCCGCAAGCGCGACGCGGGCGAAUCUGUCGGCUUGAUUCUCUCCAAGAACGGCAAGCCAGACGUUGUCGAGUACUCGGAGAUUAACAAGGCCACCGCCGAGGCGGAGGACCCAAAACACCCUGGCGUCCUCAAGUUUCGAGCCGCCAACAUUGUCAACCACUACUACUCGUUCCGAUUUCUCGAGUCUAUUCCUCAGUGGGCUCACAAGUUGCCGCACCAUGUUGCUCGGAAGAAGAUUCCCUAUGCAGACACCGAGUCUGGCGAGACCGUCAAGCCGGACACGCCCAACGGCAUCAAACUUGAGCAGUUUGUCUUUGACGGUGGCGAGGGCCUUGAACGGCUCCGCGGCACUACCAUCACAGCGCCUGCUGUUUUGGAGCUGGAAAGGGCAGAAUAG